GAGAGCAAGCCAUGGAGUUCACUAUUUCAAGAAUUGUAUACUGAAGUAUAAAGCGGCGUGAGUCAGAGAAAGGAAGGAUCCUGAAACAUAUGACCUGAUUGUUGGCAAUGACAUCGUUAAGAGGCUGGCAUUCAUUUCUGUUUUAACCAUCUACUUUAUAACUGUGGAUAGUAACUAUGCAUAUUUGUGGGUCAGCAAAACCAAGGAACAAGAGCUAUGGCAGUUGAAAAAGUCUGUCUAAUUCCAGGGUAUUUUUCCUGGGUUUCAUCAUCAGGGACCUCCUCCCUUUCAUCUCAUCAGCAAUGUGGUACCUUCUACUGUUUGAUAAAGAUUAAAGACAUGUUCUUUGGUCAACAACCAGAACUUAAAAUCUGCUGGAAUAGGGUCAGAGACCAUUUCAAUUACAGCUGAGGAAAAUGAAAUUUCCAUUCUAUUUGGUGCCUUGUGCAGGGAGCACACUAACUGUUACGGAAACGUGUGAGUGAAAAGAGAUUGAGUUUUGUCUAACAGAAACUCAUGGUUAUGGCGAGUGACCCAACGUGAUCAGAGGGGGCAAGAACCACAGAGGAACUCAUGACGGGCUAUACCAUGUUGCGGAAUGGGGGAGUGGGGAAUGGAGGUCAAACCUGUAUGUUACGAUGGUCCAACCGUAUCCGACUCACAUGGCUCAGUUUUACGCUCUUCAUCAUUCUGGUUUUCUUCCCCCUCAUUGCUCACUAUUAUCUCACCACUCUGGAUGAGGCCGAUGAGGCAGGCAAGCGGAUUUUUGGCCCACGGGCUGGUAAUGAGCUAUGCGAAGUAAAGCAUGUGCUGGAUCUUUGCCGAAUUCGAGAGUCUGUAAGUGAAGAGCUCUUGCAACUGGAAGCCAAGCGGCAAGAGCUGAACAGUGAAAUUGCCAAGCUGAAUCUGAAGAUUGAAGCCUGUAAGAAGAGUAUUGAGAAUGCCAAGCAGGACCUGCUUCAGCUUAAGAAUGUCAUUAGCCAGACUGAGCAUUCUUACAAAGAGCUGAUGGCCCAAAAUCAGCCCAAACUUUCUCUGCCCAUCCGAUUGCUCCCAGAGAAGGAUGAUGCUGGCCUUCCUCCCCCAAAGGUCAUAUGGGGUUGCCGGCUGCACAAUUGUUUUGAUUAUUCUCGUUGCCCUCUCACCUCUGGUUUUCCAGUCUAUGUUUAUGACAGUGACCAGUUUGUCUUUGGCAGCUACCUGGAUCCCUUGGUCAAGCAAGCUUUUCAGGCUACAGCACGAGCCAAUGUUUAUGUUACAGAAAAUGCGGACAUUGCCUGCCUUUAUGUGAUAUUAGUGGGAGAAAUGCAGGAGCCAGUAGUGCUGCGGCCUGCUGAACUUGAGAAGCAGUUGUAUUCUCUACCACAUUGGCGGACAGAUGGACACAACCACGUUAUCAUUAAUCUGUCACGGAAGUCAGAUACACAGAAUUUACUAUAUAAUGUCAGCACAGGCCGUGCCAUGGUGGCCCAGUCCACUUUCUAUUCUGCCCAGUACAGACCUGGCUUUGACUUGGUAGUAUCGCCACUAGUCCAUGCCAUGUCAGAGCCCAACUUCAUGGAAAUCCCACCACAGGUGCCAGUUAAGCGGAAAUAUCUCUUCACCUUCCAGGGUGAGAAGAUUGAGUCACUGAGAUCCAGCCUUCAGGAGGCCCGCUCCUUUGAAGAAGAAAUGGAGGGUGACCCUCCAGCUGACUAUGACGAUCGUAUCAUUGCCACCCUAAAGGCUGUACAGGAUAGCAAGCUAGAUCAGGUCCUGGUAGAAUUUACCUGCAAAAACCAGCCUAAACCCAGUCUGCCUACUGAGUGGGCACUGUGUGGGGAGCGGGAAGACCGCUUAGAAUUACUGAAGCUCUCCACCUUUGCCCUCAUUAUCACUCCUGGGGACCCUCACUUGGUUAUUUCAUCUGGGUGUGCAACACGGCUCUUUGAAGCCCUGGAAGUCGGUGCUGUCCCAGUUGUGCUGGGGGAGCAAGUACAGCUUCCUUACCAGGACAUGCUGCAGUGGAAUGAGGCAGCCCUGGUGGUGCCCAAGCCACGUGUUACAGAGGUUCACUUCCUGUUACGAAGUCUCUCGGAUAGUGACCUACUGGCUAUGAGGCGGCAAGGCCGCUUUCUCUGGGAGACUUACUUCUCGACUGCUGACAGUAUUUUUAAUACCGUGCUGGCUAUGGUUAGGACUCGCAUACAGAUCCCAGCUGCACCCAUCCGGGAAGAGGCAGCAGCUGAGAUCCCCCAUCGGUCAGGCAAGGCGGCUGGAACUGAUCCCAACAUGGCUGACAACGGGGACCUGGACCUGGGGCCGGUAGAAACGGAGCCACCUUAUGCCUCACCAAAAUACCUCCGCAACUUUACUUUGACUGUCACUGACUUUUACCGCAGCUGGAACUCGGCUCCAGGGCCUUUCCAUCUUUUCCCCCACACACCCUUUGACCCUGUGUUGCCCUCAGAGGCCAAAUUCUUGGGCUCAGGGACUGGAUUUCGGCCUAUUGGUGGUGGAUCUGGGGGUUCUGGCAAGGAGUUUCAGGCAGCACUUGGAGGCAAUGUUCCACGAGAGCAGUUCACGGUAGUGAUGUUGACUUAUGAGCGGGAGGAAGUGCUUAUGAACUCUUUAGAGAGAUUGAAUGGCCUCCCUUACCUGAAUAAGGUAGUGGUGGUGUGGAAUUCUCCCAAGCUACCAUCAGAGGACCUUCUGUGGCCUGACAUUGGCGUCCCCAUCAUGGUGGUCCGUACUGAAAAGAACAGUUUGAACAAUCGAUUCUUGCCCUGGAAUGAAAUUGAGACAGAGGCCAUCCUGUCUAUUGAUGAUGAUGCUCAUCUCCGCCAUGAUGAAAUCAUGUUUGGGUUUCGGGUGUGGAGAGAAGCACGGGACCGCAUUGUGGGUUUCCCUGGCCGUUACCAUGCGUGGGACAUCCCUCAUCAGUCUUGGCUCUACAACUCCAACUACUCCUGUGAGCUGUCCAUGGUGCUGACAGGUGCUGCCUUCUUUCACAAGUAUUAUGCCUACCUGUAUUCUUACGUGAUGCCCCAGGCCAUCCGAGAUAUGGUGGAUGAAUACAUCAACUGUGAGGACAUUGCCAUGAACUUCCUUGUCUCCCACAUCACUCGGAAACCCCCCAUCAAGGUGACCUCACGGUGGACUUUCCGAUGCCCAGGAUGCCCUCAGGCCCUGUCACAUGAUGAUUCCCAUUUUCACGAGCGGCACAAAUGUAUCAACUUUUUUGUUAAGGUGUAUGGCUAUAUGCCCCUACUGUACACCCAGUUCAGGGUGGACUCUGUGCUCUUCAAGACCCGCCUGCCCCACGACAAGACCAAGUGCUUCAAGUUCAUCUAGGGGCGUUGCAGUUUGUGGGGAGAGAAUGAGCAGAGUGAGGGAGAUGGCUCCUGAGGUUGCUAGACGUUGAAGGACCUCAGGCACAUUUGCUGGGUGGGUGGCCCAGACCCUCUGCUGGCAGGAACGGCAGGAAGAGUGAAAAGGAAGGAGCUGCCUUUCUCUUGAAGUCGGCCACACUGGGCCUGGAACCCUGGUUGGAGGUCACUGGGGUUCCCUACACAGGGCACUGACUGAUAGCUUACACUGAGGACCAUGGGGACUCUGGAGAGUCACUCACACAGUUCAUAAGCCCAGAACAGCUGGUUAGUGGUUUUUAAAUUCAGUAACAACUAUUAUUAUUUAAAGAGAUAAAGUUUCAGAUUUGCCAUUCAAGGCUUAUUUAUAUAUAUGUGUGUAUAUAUAUGUGUAUAUAUAUAUGCACACAUAGUCACAUACGUAUACAUAUAUAUAUUUAGGGGGGAGUUUGAAAUUUCUGCCUAUCUCACAAAGUGAGGGACUCACCAAGGCUCCUGAUGUUCUGUAUUUUGGUGGAGAUGGAUCCUGACCUUAUGGUAUCUGGUUCAUCCUUCAAGAUCCAUCUCUGUCCUCCCAAGGCGCAUCUGUGUGCAGAAACCAAAAGGGCCCGGCUUGGCCCUCUUGUCGGGCCUUGGAUGAGCUAAGACCUGUUGGUUUGUUCCUUCCCCCUUUCUGUUGCCAGCUAGCCCUCUGUAACUCGUGUUCUCCUCGCACUUCAGUCCUUGGGGAGGACCUGCACGUUUGGGAACAGCUGAGCUUCCUUGUGCUGGAUUUGGUGUUCGUGAGGAUUCCUCAUCAGGUUGUGCUGUCCCAGUACUUGUCCCUGCUCUCCUGUUCUCUCCCCCCUUUGAAAGAGAAGAAUGAGGAAGAAUGAGACCUGAAGACCCAUAUGGCUUUUUGUCCAGCCCUCCUUUUAAAAAACAUGUUGUGCUUUGGCUUCAGGUUUUCCUGAAGGUUACCUGUUAUAUAAGAGAACAGAAAACUGUCAGGCUGCACUUCGAGGUGUGGUCUGAAGUGGUUUGCAGGUUGUCCUGCUCUCUCGCGUAGAACUAGCGAGCAUCCUUUGUGGAUCCCCACCCGGCUGGCCGGGAAGUCUUACAGCAAGGCACCAGCCUUGGGAUAAAUACCUUGGUGAAAUUCACCUUCCCCUCCACCUUAGUCUGGACCUACAUCCUGUGUUACUCAUAGUUUUGGGGUCCCUCAUGCCAGGUUGGUUCCAGGACCCCUUGAGGUUUGGUAUGUGCCAGAACAAUGGGAGGAUAUGAUUUUAUGUUAAGCUCAAAUCUAGUCUGAAAUUGAACAGGCAUUCACACCCCUCAUUACCACUUUCCACUUCUGGUUUAAAUUUCUAUUCCCUGGCCU